CUUCAUGAUCGAAUUUUUAAUUUUGGAAUGCCGAUGUGUAGGAUCUUGGAUGGGAUCAACUAUAACGCUGUUGAUAGUCCAGGCAAAGGUAAGUUUGAAUAUCUGAUGUGUUGUUCGAUGAUGAUUCGGAGCUUUUGAGGAGAGGCAAUCAAAAUAAUCAUUUCUACAAGAACUCAAAAACUUGAUAAAAUUUCGUGGUGUUCAGGGAUGGCCUGCAAUCCUAUUUUUCUGGUCCAUCUGCAACAUGUUGAUGCUUCAAGGCAAAUCCCGAUUCGCCAAUCACUGGGGUUAUUGGCAACCCUAUAUCGAAGUAUUUAACGAGUGCAAUCCUAGCGGAACAAUUGUUGAAAGUUCGAUGAACCUGAAAGUACAGCUGCUUGCCCUAGCGUUGUCCAUUGUAGUUGCGGUGAAGCGUCUUCUCAUUGGUUUUCAGCAAGGUCGAAAGACGUUUUUGAAUUACGCCGAGGAACUUGCCAGGUUGAUGAAAAAGAUUCUUCUAAUUUCCGAAGUCUCAAAUCUAGCCAUCCAACUCGAAUUGGAGAAGGAAGACGACGACGAUCUUAGCGAUCCCGACGAGGAUAAGAUUAGAGACGGCAACGCGAACCUCGAAGGCUGGGCAGGGAGGCAGGCAAGAAUUGCAGGAAUCGAAACAGCAGCGGAAAUAAUAAAGCAAGACAUAGACAAAGAAGAGGGUGUCGAUGACAUCGACCACGAUGACCUGCACGUAGAUUCUUCCAUCGCAUCCAGGACAAAUGUCACGUCAAACACCGACACGACCAAGCACAAGCUCUUCGUUUCGAAUCGAGAGAAAGAAUUUGUCAAGGGUUUUUUGCUGGGUCAAUCCCAAAAGCGCCGGAUAGAACGACUGCUUGGCACGUGGGAAGAACCGGAAAGAGAAAGAAUCUUGACCGAGAGCGUCUCGAUUGGAGCCAUUCUUCAAUUUAGACAAUCGCUGUCCAAACUUGAUUCGAAGUAUCCUUUUUCGUAUUCGUUUGGAAAAGCCAAUAUGCGUGAUCAUUGCGUGCAGUCGUCUCAAAGUCUAUACCUGCGUCUGCUACGCCAAUCGCCGGAUCCAGUUCUGCAUUUCAACACGCUGGGUUUAGUGGCAUUGCAGCGCGACGGGAUCUUGGACGGAGAAAAACUCAAGUCGCUGAUCAAACUAUUUCGACCCGACCGCGACGGGCGACUGAGUCUGAUAGACUUUGUGAAAUCUGUGGUGCGUAUCAACCUUUUCAUGUCAUUGCGCUGGCUUUCGCAUCUUUCACGGAUUCCUCUUCUAAUCGCCCUUCUGAAAAAUCGUUCGUGUGUUUCUUCCAGGACAAUGUCUACAAGGAGAUGAAGCUUCUGAGAGCCUCCGUGAGGAGUUCUCAGAAGAUUGACAAAUCCUUCGAACAAAUCUUUAACGUAGUCUUCUAUUUCGUGAUAAUUCUGUUGAUUCUGAAUGCGCUCGGUUUUAACGCCCUCGUUGUGUUCGGGAGCCUUUCUUCUAUCAUCCUAUCAUUCAGUUUUAUGAUUUCACAGGCCAGUUCCAAGUUUGUGGAGGGUCUCUUGUUCAUCAUUUGCAGGCGUCCAUACGACAUCGGGGUGAGCACGGUGCUGCGGUGCGGGCGUGCGCCACUUGUUCGCCGUUGCUGUUUUUGAAUUUUUCGUGUCCGAUGCUCAACGGCCUUGUUUCCUUUCUUCCCUCGUGCGCGACACCCUCGGCACGCUUUCCAGGACUACGUGACCAUCCAGCCCGUCGACCAGGAGUCGAGCUUCAACGGGUCGACCCACUGGAUCGUCCGCGACAUCGAUCUGCUGACGACCACCGUCAUGUACUCGUUCACGGGCGAGGUGGCCACCCUGUCGAACGGCUCGAUCGCGAACUCCCGCGUGAUGAACGGGGCCCGGUCCCUCCCCGCGUACCUGUACGUCACCCUCCGGUUCGGCGUCGACACGAGCUUCGAGAAGCUCGAGAUUUUCCGCGAGGCGGUGGCGCGGUUUGUCCACAAGAGGCCGAGGGAGUGGGGCAAGCUGAUGGACAUCAAGAACUGCGACGUCUCUACCGACAAGGGCUACAUCGAGUACAUGGUGGUCCUCCAGCACGUGAACAACUGGCAGCAGCUCGGUUCCCUGUUCACGAGCCGGAGCCACGCCAGGACCUUCUGCCACGAGCUCUCGAAGCAGCUCGGCAUCCGGUACAAGAGCCCGAGCCUCCCGGUCGACCUGAACAUUCUGGGAUCCAGCGGCGUCGAGGCGGUCCUCGGGGAACCACGGGCCGGGGGCCUUACGGCCGCCGGGGGGCCCUCGCUGGGUGUAGGGGAGCGGGGGCAGGGUCCUCCCCCCCGUCCACCGAACGAGGGAGACCGCGACCGCGUGUCGCGGCUGGCGGCCGAAUCCGAAGAGAUCCGGGCCCUCAUCAGCGAUCGCCGCUUGUAGACAUGGCUCGUUUUGUGCCCGGGAGCACGGUGUGUGACCACCGCUGCGGAUGGAUUGGAUUGGAUUGGAUCGGAUCGGUGCAAGCCUAGAGCAGCUAACAUAGAGACAACUAAAACGAAUUAUUUGGA